AGCCUGAGCAACAAUCAGCAUCACUCUCCUCAGGUGCGCCAGUCUUCAAACUGCAGAGAAACUUUACAGAUUGUUGAUCUGUAAACCUGCAGAGUUUCACUGACAGGAACCAGAAUCUGGAUCUACCGAACCUGCAGGUUGGGACGAAAUAAAGGUGAUUCCCGCUCAGCGUUUCCACACCAACAGGCUUCAGUCUUUUGCAUCUCAUUUCCCUUUGUAAAUAAUAUGGACGAUGCAAAUUUCAGUUCCCGCUACAUCAGGACGUGUUCAGUUGGUUCUGUGGGUCUCAGAUCAGAAUCCAGUUUUAGGGAAACGUAUGCAAAUCCAUGGAAACGUUGAGCAGGUCUACAGAGAGCCGCUGUGUCAGAGAGGAGCGUCGGGCUGCAGCUGUGAGGAAGUCAUGAUGGAGUGAAGACUGAAGCUGGAACCAAACACUGCUGCUCCCCGUUCUCCAGCCGCUCCCGUUCUCCUGAAGCUCCGCCUCCAUCCAGCGGCUCGGUCAUGAAUCCGUACGGAGACGAUGUGUCUGGGUUUUCUGGCGGUCCGGUUCCGUACUCGGCCUCUAACCCCAGUUACUCCGUGGAUCCGUCGGUUCCUCCGUUCGUCCAGACGGGUCGCAGCACUCUGCCCCCCCCAGCUGCUCAUAUACCCCCCGCCCUCCCUGGCCCCGCCCUCCCUGGCCCCGCCCCCAGCUCCAUACUGCCGCUGCCGGCCUUCAGCCCCAUCGGUAACCCGUAUGCCCCCGCCGACCUCCAGCCGCCCCAGGUCUCCGUCCCGGACCUCCAGCCGCCCCCAGACGAGUCGGGUCCGGACUUGGAGUGCGCCAUCUGCUUCAGCGAGUUCAACAACGUCUUCCGCUGCCCCAAGAUGCUGAACUGUAAGCACACCUUCUGCCUGGAGUGCCUGGCGCGUAUGAACGUCAAGUCUCUGGAGCCCGGCGCCAUCCAGUGCCCGCUGUGCCGCGGUCUGACCCCGCUGCCCCCCCUCGGCCUUCCCAAGCUGGCCACCGACUCGGACGUCCUGUCCUACCUGCCGGCCGCCAUGCAGAGGGUCUACAGCAUCCGCUUCGUCCGCAACAAGGGGAAGCUGCAGGUCAAAAGGUCCUCUGACGGGCCGGGCCGGUCGGGUCGGCCGGGCCGCCGGUCCGUGACCUCUCUCAGGUCGGUGAACCGGACUCUGGACGUGGGGCGUCCCAGCCCGACCUCCAGGGACAGCAGGGGGGAGGCGGGCGGUUUGGGCGGCGCCCUGUUCCGUCUGACGGGCCGACCCGUCUGCCGGGCCUUCCUCCUCACCGCGGUGGUGAUGAUGAUGGUCCUCCUCGUCGGAAUCAUCAUCCACCUCAUCAGCAAACGACUGACCUGACAUCACUUCCUGUCUGCUGGGAGGAAGAAAACUGAAAUAUUUUAUUUUAAACCCUGGAGUCUGAGCGGAGCGGGACGCAGCGGACCUUCAUCUUCCUCAUUUGGGUCAAAACGAACUUCUGGAUGAUGAUGAUGAUGAUGAUGAUGCUUCACAUGUGGAAGGAUUUUAAAGGAAGAGCUGCUGCAGUAAAUCUCAUCACUUCCUGUUUUUUAUGUAAAGGGUUCAGGGAACAGGACAAGGUCGAUCCCGGGUCAGAAUCCGGUUAAUCAGAACCGGGUCAGUCGGUCCAGUUUCCUCCCAGGUGAAUCUAGAGGUACCAAACAUUAAACCCACUGAUCUGCUUCCACUUCAUCACUUCAGGAUCAGAUCAGCUUGGAUCACGUUUUCACUUUCACCUCACUUUGUUCUGCUGUUUCAGGUGGUUCUGUUCUGGUUAUGGUUCUGGCUCCGGUUCUGCUCUGGCUCUGGUUAUGGUUCUGUUCUGGUACCGGUUCUGGCUCCGGUUCUGCUCUGGCUCUGGUUAUGGUUCUGU